UUUAAAGCAAAACCAACCGGUUCAACUAAAACCCUUAAUUCCACAUCUUCAUCAAAUAAGAUUGCGCAACCCAAUUCAUCAUCGUCAUUUUUGCUCGGCCGUCUUUUGUAUCGCCGUCACCGUCUUCCUCUUCCUCUGCCAUUGUCAGGAUCUUCUUGUUUUAGAUUCUGCAAUGGCUUUCAGGCGAGCCUUAUCUAUAAGGUCCACCCUUAUCAGUCGACGGAAUCAACUUGCUUUCCACAUCAUCCCUCGUGACAAUGAUCAUGACCAUGAAGAGGGUUCAUUCACAUCUCAGAGAAGUUACCAUAGCUUCCUUCACCAAAGAUCCGCUAUCAGCUCAGAUCUCUCCCAUUUUCCUGGAGGAGGCUUACGUGUGCCUCUGGCUCCUACUUCUGCGUCUGCUUUUGCUUUCUACCGCUACAUGUCAAGCGCACAUGGUGUCGGCUCGGAAAAGAUUGGUGUGAUUAACGACAUCGCUGAAGUCAUAACCGACUCAACUACUUUGCAGGAUGUGCCAGCUCAGGCUGCUGCUGCUGCGGUCGGUGAAGUUGCGCUUGCAGCUAAUGACUCUUUCCUGCCUAUUGCGGCACUUCAGCAUUGCAUUGAUAUGGUGCACUGUUACACAGGCUUGGAGUGGUGGGCAUCCAUUGUUUUAGCAACAGUUUUGAUCCGGUCUUCAACAGUUCCUCUCUUGAUCAAACAAAUGAAAGACACCAUGAAGUUAUCGCUGAUGAAGCCGCGAUUGGAAGCCAUUCGGGAGGAAAUGCAAAACAAGGGAAUGGACCAGGUUACAAUGGCAGAAGGUCAAAAGAAGAUGAAGAAUUUGUUUAAAGAAUAUGGAGUCACUCCAUUCACCCCAAUGAAAGGGAUGCUUAUUCAGGGACCUCUCUUCAUCUGCUUUUUCCUUGCUAUUCGAAACAUGGCAGAGAAGGUACCUUCAUUCCAAACCGGAGGUGCAUUAUGGUUUACCGAUCUAACCACACCCGACAGCUUAUACAUCUUACCGGUUAUAACAGCAUUGACAUUCUUGAUAACCGUUGAGUUAAAUGCACAAGAAGGCAUGGAAGGAAACCCAAUGGCAGGCACUAUAAAGAACGUUUUUCGAGGUUUCGCUCUCCUCACAGUCCCAAUGACGAUGAGUUUCCCACAGGCCAUAUUUUGUUAUUGGAUCACAUCCAACCUGUUCUCUCUCACGUAUGGACUUGUGAUUAAGCGUCCGCAAGUGAAGAAGUUGUUAAAGAUACCUGAACUGCCUCCACCUCCUCCGGGUCAACAGCCUUCCUUUGACCUUUUCGCAGCUCUCAAGAAAAUGAAGGCCAUGACGCAGGACCAUACCGAGAACCAGACUCAACCUCCUUUGCCAGUAAACCCGAGGAUCUCAUCGUUGAGUCCUGUUAGUAAGAGGCUCAAGGCUUUGGAGAGUCAAGUGAAAGGAAGGAGGAAGAACAGCAGCAAGAAGAGGUGAUUUAACACUGCGUGCAUUAUAUUUUGUGAUGCAAUUUUUGUUAGAGGGGGCAAAGGAAAGAAACAAUAAAAGCUUUUGUGUCAAAAGUGUAGAGAUGAGAACCAAUCAUAAUACUACACAGUUUGUUCUCAUUUAGGCAAAACUAAAACCCGAGAGCCAGCUAUAAGUGAAAUUAUAUGUUUUCUUGAUAAUUUUAUCACAACCAUAUUGUAAGUUUGUUCUUUUGAAACUUCUAUUAUAUUUUCAGGUACUAAUAAAAUCAAAUGACAUUCUUUA